AUGCAUAGCAUCCUUGACUUCAACAGAAUGAUUGAUACAAAACUGCUAAAAUUACUUUACAGGCUUUCCAGCGUGCUGCGAAUAUUGAAAAAUCUCGUUACCAAGUCACUCCAUGCCAUGGACUGCGCCAUGCAUCACUCUCCUAGUUCUAGUUUGGAUAGUAUUGCUGCAGCCAUGCUCAUCCUCAAAGCAAGGUCCAAACAUCUUCGGCUGUCGGACUAUUGUGUAGUGCAAUCAGCAGACAUCAGUUCAAGUACGCGUACCUGA